AUGUUAUGCCCCAAAACUAGAUGCCCUGUUGCAGAGCAAUAUGAUUUCUGGGUUGGACUUGAUGAGCACCUUCAGACAUUUGCACCAGAAGAUUAUGUCCUAAUCGAUGGCAACCUAAGUGGAUAUGUGGGGUCUUCUAAGCAGGGAUAUGCACUAUGUCAUAGAGGUCACGGACUUGGCAAACGAAAUGUGGAUGGCUGCCGCAUCCUGGAUUGCGCUGAAGCACAUGAUUUUGCUAUUGCCAACACAUUCUUCAUAAAGAGGCUCACACAUCUAGCCACUUACAUCAGUGUUCACCAUGCAACUCAAGUCGCCUACUGGUUGAUCAAACGCUAUGAUUUGAACCUUGAUAUAAAUGCCAAAGUUAUCCCAUCAAACAACAUUGGCCCCCAACAUCUGCCACUCAUUCUGGACUUUCGAAUCACCCAGUCUCGAAAAUCAAAGGCCAAAAUAACUGGUCCUAAACGAAUUAAUAUUUCAUAUUAA